GAAAAGGAAGUGAGACAGCGGUCGAAACGUCUGCAUGUUGGGACCCACUGACAGGGUGUGUCGCCGCCUGAUUUCCUGAAUCAUUUGGAAAUAACCUCGUGAGCCUUCCUCGCUCACUGUGGUGAGGACACGUCUCGGGGGCAGAUUACGAUCUAAACCGUCCAGCCCAGCUACAUCCAGCUUCGGAGAUAGAGCGAGGCUCGAGGCGCAGCAGGGCCCCGGCGUGGAAAAGCCGGAGCAAACUCGGCGUCCAAGUACCCCGCUCCCUCCCCCGAGCGCGCUGCCGCAGGUAGACAGGGCGGCGAAGACGAUCUCCUUCAGGCCGGGCGCCGCGGAAGCAAGCUGGGAUCGGCCGAGAGGGAGAGAGAGGUUCAGCAGUCAUGUCCGUCACGCCAAAGCAAGUCCAAGAGUACUGGAAUUGGCACCAGAGUAUGGGGAGGGAUUCCUGCCUGGAGAAGGCGCCACAAUCCCUGGGCCUGCAGGUGUGGCGGGUGGUGAAGAUGAAGCUGGUGCCGGUUCCCAAGGGCGAGUUCGGGACCUUCUUCACCGGCGACGCCUACCUCGUCCUUCACCGGGGCGACGAGGAGAGGUCGCACGUCCACAUCUGGCACGGAGAGAAAGCGAGCACGGAUGAGAAGGGGGCCAGCGCGCUCUUUGCCACCCAGUUGGAUGACAGCCUCGGCGGGCGCCCCGUUCAGCAUCGGGAGGUGCAGGGUAACGAGUCCGAGCUCUUCAUGUCUUACUUCCCACACGGCAUCAAGUACCAGGAGGGCGGGGUGGACUCCGGGUUCCACAAGGUCGCCGCGGGCCACACGUCCGUCCGGAGACUGUACCACGUCCAGGGCCGGAAGAUCGUCCGCGCUCGGCAGGUGGGACUCAACUGGGAGAGCUUCAACACCGGCGACUGCUUCAUCCUCGACCUCGGAGAGACCAUCUACCAGUGGUGUGGAACAAGCUCGAACCUGUACGAGCGGCAGAAAUCCGCUCAAUUCGCCGGCUCAAUCCGGGACCUCGAGCGUAAGGGCCGGGCACGGGUCGUCAUCGUGCGGGACGGCGAGGAGCCCCCGGAGAUGAUCGAGGUCCUGGGAGCCAAGCCGUUGCUGAAGGAGGGAACACCACAGGACGAUGCCCAGGCCGAUCAGACCCACAGCAAGACCGCUGAGCUCUCCAAGGUCUCAGACGCCACCGGCUCGAUGUUGCUGACCCCCAUCUCCUCCAAAAGCCCCUUCCCCCGGGCUCUACUCCAAUCUGACGACUGCUUCGUCCUAGACAACGGAGUCUGUGGCAAAGUCUACGUCUGGAAAGGUCGAGGCGCCAACGUGAAGGAGAGGCGGGCAGCCCUCAAGGUGGCCGAGGACGUCAUCGCCCGUCGCAACUACGCCCCAAACACUCAGAUUGAAAUCAUUCCGGAGGGACUCGAGACGGCGUUUUUUAAGCAAUUUUUCUCGGGGUGGAAUUAAAGAUCGCUCGCUCCGCAGCGCUCCGCCCCUCCCCGUGAAAUCCCUAAACAUGCGGAGCAGAGCGCGUUCGCAUUAAUAUAUACAAUAUAUACACGAUGCAAUUUCUGUACUCUACAUCUCAGUUUGAUCCUUGUUGCUCAUCGAUCCUUUAAUUAAAAGAAGCUUCCUAAAUUAUAUAAUGAGUGCUUUUUUAAA